AUGACUAUAGACAACUACUGGCUUAAUCCUCCUACGUCAACGUCAAACCGGAUUAAUUCUUUAAACGAAGGAUCCAAUGAUGGCGAUAAACAGACAAAAGUAAAUGUUAAAAUACCGAAACCUCCUCCAACGUUUAUUGCAAGCGUCAAAUAUAUAAAACCAUUAAACCUCGUACUAAACUGCAUAGCGAAAGAAAAUGACACAAUCAGGAUUCUAAACGAUGACCAAGUAAAAGUUUAA